AUGGCCGUGCUCUACGGGUGUGUAGAGGGUGGAGGCACACGAUCCAAGGUCCUUUUACUCUCAGAGGAUGUGCAGAUCCUGGCAGAAGUGGAAGGACUCAGCACAAACCACUGGCUGAUCGGGACAGACAAGUGUGUGGAGAGGAUCAACGAGACGGUGAACAGGGCCAAACGGAAAGCAGGGGUGGCUCUGGUCCCUCUACGGAGCCUGGGCCUAUCCCUCCUGAGCAGUGGGGAUCAGGAGGACCCCGUGAGGAUCCUGAUGGAGGAGCUGAGGGACCGAUUCCCCUACCUGGGUGAAAGCUACUUCAUCACCACCGACGCCGCCGGCUCCGUCGCCACUGUUGCGCCGGAUGGUGGCAUCGUGCUCAUCUCUGGGACAAGCUCCAACUGCAGGCUCAUCAACCCCGAUGGGUCUGAGAGCGGCCGAGGUGGCUGGGGCCACGUGAUGGGAGAUAAGAGCUCAGCCUACUGGAUUGCACACCAAGCAGUGAAAAUAGCGUUUGACUCCAUCGACAACCCAGAGGCGGCUCCUCAUGACACCGGCUAUGUCCAACAGGCCAUGUUCAACUAUUUCCAGGUGCCAGAUCGGCUAGGAAUCCUCACCCACCUGUACAGGGACUUUGAUAAAUGCAGGUUUGCUGGGUUUUGCGGGGAAGUUGCAGAAGGUGCGGAGCAGGGAGAUCCCCUUUCCUGUUACAUCUUCAGGAAGGCUGGGGAGAUGCUGGGGACACAUGUUGGGGCAGUGCUGCCUGAGAUUGACCCGGUCUUGUUCCAACGGGAGAUUGGCCUCCCCAUCCCGUGUGUGGGCUCUGUGUGGAAGAGCUGGGAGCUGCUGACGGAAGGUUUCCUUUUGGCGCUGACCCAGGAGAGAGAGAUCCAGGCUCAGAACUCCUUCUCCAGCUUCACCCUGUUGAAGCUGCGGCACUCCUCCGCCCUGGGCGGGGUCAGCCUAGGGGCCAGCCACGUGGGGCGCCUCCUCCCCACGGACUAA